AUGACAGCACAGCCAUCCACACAAAUUUUACACAGCUCUGACUUUACUACUUCCUUGAGGAAUAGCAUAAGCGACAGCCACGACUGCACGAAUACACGAAGUAGCAGCCAAUCAGUAACAACAAACGACAAAAACGAGAACGAGAACAACAGCAACAGCAACAGCAAUUGUUUCAACAGCGAAGACUUUCAACGCUUUCUGAACGAACAUCGAGACACUUUGGAGACUCCAGGAGCAACUGCAUCUUCAUCGUUAGACCAACUCUUCAAGACUUCAGAUUUCUUCAAGAGUCAUCAAUUUUCGGACCUUUUCAAGAGCCAACAAUCCUUUUCCCAAAUGUUUCAAUCCAAAGACUCUUUUGCGGAAUUAUUUCAAUCGCUGGACAGCGAUCAGAAGAAGGCGUUCUUUUCUAGUGAUGCAGACAAGAAGGACCCUCUGUCUCCACCGGUAUUUCCAGCAAUGGAUUCCAUGUCGAGGGUGAGCAGUUCAAAGCUGUUGCAAAGCAAGGAUUGGUUGAAUUUGGGAUCUCAUGUAGAUGUCAAUUACCAACAAUCCAAGCUCUUCCGAGACACUUCUUCCUCCUAUGGAAGUAUUGAUGCCAACGGUGAUGCUAUUGACAAUGACAAUGAUGAACCAAUGUUAAUACACGCACCAACACCAGCACAACCGCAGCAACCAACAGAAGAGGCAAGUUCCAAGCCCAAGACCGAUUGGGGAGAUGUCUUCUUUGCCCAACUACAGCCCAGCGCGGCUGUUCCUCCUUUGAAUACAUUGCCCUCUUCUGCUGCUCCAGUGGUCCCACCACCCAAGACACUACCACCAGUGCCCUUGCCCAAGAAGAAGCGACCUGCUGCUGCCAAAACUACCGCAGCAACUCGCAAACAACAACAGGGCAAGCGCUACAUUGCCAAUCCCACCGAGACGGAUAUUCUCAUGGGCCGCGGUGGUAAAUCCAAUCACCACCCCGGAAACAAGCGAUACCGAGAAGAGAUUCUCAACUUCAAAAAUACUUACUCCCAGUUGACUUGCAAAGAAGAGAAGACGGGCCUUAGUCGCCACGUGGUGGACUAUGUCCACAAGUACAAUGGACGCUUUUUGGCCUUGGACAAGACCAUCAAGCCAUCGCGGUGGUAUGAGAUUACCGAUGCGGUGGCUCGUCGAAAGGUCAGCCAGGCCUUGAGAGAAGAUGGAGAUCCAGUCAAGCGUCAAGAAAAGCGAGCUCGCUUUUUGGAACGCAAGCGUCAAAAUGAAGAAGAUGCCCGACGCAAGCGACAACUCUUGUAA